GAGCGGCGGAGGCGACGGUUGGUUGUUUCCAAACGGAAGUGCGAGCGGCCUCGUAGUUGGGGGCCGGAAGACUUCUCUCCUCAGUACGUCGUUUAGAACUUGUCGCGUCGGAAGAACAGACGAGCCUCCGCGCUGCCCUGGUCUGGAGGGCCGCUGCCGACGCUCGCGCAAAUGGAGGCGAGCCUGACCUGCGCCGUCUGCCUGUCGCUCUUCGAGGAGCCGGUCACGCUGCCGGUGUGCUCGCACAACUUCUGUCGGACUUGCGUGAUCGAGUGCCUCGGCCAAGCCCGGAGCGACGCGGAGACGCCUCCCCCCGCUUCCGCGCGGCCGGCCCCGCGGAGCUAUGACCAGCCCCCGCCGACUCGGCAGCCUUCCGGGCGAGCCCCGCGGAGCGGCGACGGCUCCGUCAGCGUGUCGUGCCCGCUGUGCCGCAAGCUGUGCCCGCUGCCCUCGGACGGCGGGGCCGCCCACUUGCCGGUCAACACCACCCUGGCCGAGGUGGUGAAUCUCUUCAAGGCCAACCUCGCCAAGAAAGCGACGCCGGAGGAGGCCUCGUCUGCGCUGGCCCCGCAGUUGGCCGCCCUGGGCGUCGUUUGCGAGAAGCACCCGGGGGGGGCUCUGCAGUUCUACUGCCGCAUGUGUCGCCGCGGGGGCUGCGGGCAGUGCGUGUCCGACGAGCACAGCGGCAUCUUCCACUCCGUCAACCUCAUCGACACGGUGUACCAGGAGGAGAAACUAGCCUUCUUCAGUAACCUGAAGAAAAUAAGAGAAUUACAUCUGAAACUGAUAAAGGAAAUGACAGUUCCCCCAAAGGAUGCAAGGGCAAUAAUGCAGCAUGAAGAGGAGUUAAUUAAAACUGAAUUUGAAAAAGUCUAUAAUGCUUUGGAAAUGAGGAAAAAACAGUUGCUUGAAGACCUUGAAAUCCAGAAGAGAAGAAAAGAAAAGGAGAAUCUAAUAUGGAAGAGAAUGAAGGAAGUACACAGGAAAACCAUUGAAAAUGUUCUUAAAGACUGUGAAAAGCUUUUAGAUGAAUGUGAUCCCCAGCGUUUCUUAGAGGUCGCAUGCAGCUUGAAUCAAAGAAUGAAGACUCAACUUGACCUGAUGCAAAUACCAUCCAACUAUGAUGAAAACCAAACAGAAUACAAACAGAUGCAAAUGGAUACCACAUCUCUAGUCAAUGAUAUCUUAGCCUUGAGUCUCACUGCAGUUAAUUUUGAUGCUUCAAAAGCCAACCUUACUUGUGGAAAUAGUGAACAUUCUGUAUCUCAAAGCCCUGGAAACAAAUGGGAAAAUAAGAAAAUCAUAAAGGAUACAUUCUGUCCAGUGGCAGGAGUGGAUAUUUUGGAUACUGGUAGGCAGAUUGCUACUCAACUUAUGUCAAUAUCUGCAACUACUGAAUUUAGAAGCAUGAGUCAUGAGGAGGUGCGUUAUGAUUAUUACAUGAAACAUCAAAUGCUUUCAGAUGAAUUACAGACAAAGACAUCACCUCUAAAUAAAAGGCAUACAUUGCCAAAAUCUCACUCUUCAAAGACGACGACUUCAGGAUUUGCUUCUUCUUGCCUUAGUACCAAAACAAAUGACCAAAGGAAAGUAAAAAUGCCAAUGUUACAAAGACAAAGUGUCAAGGAACCUAGUCUCUCGAAUUCACUUGGUUUUACAUUCAAAACGCAAGCAGUGAACUUUAAUUUCUCUGGCUCAAACAAUAAUUUAAAUCUACUUAAUGUGAAAGAAUCUCAGAAAGACAGCAAGGACACCUGCCUGUCAGAAAAUACCCAAAGUUGUCUUAUGUUGACGAAAUGUCUUCCAUCUCCUGCAGUAGCACUUCCUUCUGAAACUGUGCCCUCAUUUACUUCAUUCCCAAAUGUACCCCGCUCAACAGCACCACCUGUAGCUGCUUUAAGCCCGUACACUUCAGGUGCUUUUGUGGAACUUCCAGCUCCACUUCUUGUUUCCAGUUCAAGUGGCAAGUUGACAAUGCUCACUGCAAGUAAGGACUCAACCCUCUCUCAAAAAAAAGAGAAUUCAGUUUACUCUACUCUUUUUCUGGGAAAAUCUAAAAGCCAAGAUUGCAACAUAAAAAACAAUAUAAAUGAAUAUGAGUCAGUGUCAGUUUUGUCUACGACUUCUGUUACUAAAACCACUACCACCAUCAUGAGCCCUAAACCAGGCACAGCAGUAAGCAGGAAUCCAUUCACAGCUUUUUCUACCAAUUCUGAAAGUGAUUGUUUUCAUGCAAUUAAACCAAAUAAUUUAGAGCAGACCUCAUUUUCAUUUUUUCUUCCUACUCAAGAAGUAGUGCAAGGGAACAAAGAUGCCUGCUUCAGUAAGAAUAAUUUGGGACAUCAUUGGGAUAACUCUAAAGUCACUGCCAACCUGGCCUGCAAAACAUCCAGUUCUGCUUCUGACAAGACAGAUGUUUCAGAAGAAAAGUCUGUAUCUGAUGCUGUCUCUCCAAAUAAUUACUCUUGGGCGAGCAAAGCUCCAUGUUUGUUUUCUUUCAAAGGGGGUCUCAAAAAUAGUUCUGGCACUUCGACCUCCUCCAUGAUGCCUUCUAAUAAAACUGAAUAUGCACAUGAGAAAACAAUGACAGUAACAGAAGAAAUAACAGCUUUAAAAAAUUCGGUGCCUUCAAGAAACGAUGUACCUGUUCUGCAAGAGCUGAAAGACCUAAUAAGCCAUUCUUCCUUGUUCUCCGUGGGGAAGUCUUUGAAAUCAGAAACUGAUACUCAGCGAAAUGUAGCCUGUUAUCCUUCUGCAAACAGCACUUUAGUUUCUGCUCUUCUUACUGAAGAAAGCACUCCAUUAGAAAACCCUUCAACACCAGUGGAAGACCAUAGAAUAUUUCCUUUAAUAACUAAUGGACCAAGUUGCACUGUAAAUUCAGAUUCCGAUGUAGAAGCAACAAGCAGUAGUGACUCUAGCCGUACAUCAGAGUACCUUUCUGUUGCUGAAGAUAAAUUACCCAGUUGAAAAUUGGGCAUAUGCAACAGAUUAAAGCAGAAGAGUUUACUCAAUACUGUAAAUCUUACUAGUAUUCCUAAGGAGCAAUGUGAUCAAAUCUAAUACCAGUCACAAAUAUUUUUGAAAUAAUUUAGUACAUUAUUCUGAAGCGUAUGACAUCAGGUUGUUUCUUAUUUUUUCUCAAAAAGUUAACUUUUUUUAAAAAAAUCAGCAGUAUUCAAAAUAAUUGAAAAUUUGGAGAUAUAAAUCUAUGCAAACCUUGACUUACAUAUUUUUCUAUUAUGGCCAAAAUGUGAAACUGUCUUAAUGUCAGUUUACAAAGCAGGAUCUAAAACCAUGGUUUAAUCAUUUUUGCAAAUCCUGGUUAAUAAACCAAUAUUAAACUACAUUUCUUGUUACAAAUGCAAUGGGGAAUUGUGCUUUAUUUUAACUAGGAUUGAGCCCCAAAGCCACACUCUGAGGAGACAGUGAGCAAAUAGUGUGGAACCUGCUAAUUUCCAGCUUCAUAAAACCAUGGGAUCCACAAAACUGGGAUUAAGCCGUUGUUAUGGCUUUUAUCUGUACAUGUUUUAGCACUAUGGAAAGCCCUUCCUAUAAGUUCCUUUACUUGUGUGUGUUUGUUUAUUAUACCCAGCAUUUUUCCUCUGCUACAUGUUUGCAAUUACCUUCCUCACCGAGUUGGAACCAGAAUUCUGUUCAAGGCUGUUGAAUUAGUAAUUCAUUCCUACCUUGCUCAGUAGCAACAGAUGGUGCAGCCGGUACACAAAGUAUGAUAGGAACUCAAUGAAUUUUGAAAAUGUGAUACUGAAAUAAACUGCUUAAUAUAUUGCAUUCAGUAUUCUUUAUACCAUGUGCUUCUUUUGUACAUUAGAAUAUCAUACGGCAAUAACUUUUACUUAAUUUCACUAAAUAAAUUCUGAAACUUG